AAUUUGUUAGAAUAUAAUUGAUUAGUAUAUUUGUUUUAUGGAUUGAUCCUUUACUGCAGUAUUAUUGAUUAGAUAUAUGAAGACUACUAGGGUUCGAGGGAAGGAUGCGGCGGCCAAAGAGGACAGUGACUUCCGACGGCAACAAGGGCUUAGGAGGCGAAUUCCAGGGUUCAGUAAUCAGUUGUCAGGACAGGCUCGGACGUUCUUUUUCUACAAUUUUCCUGAGAAUUUGAGGGCAAAGGAUCUGUGGUAUUGUUUUCAAGGGUAUGGAAAGGUAGUUGAUGUAUUUGUGCCGAACAAGAGAGAUAAAUGGGGGAAAAGAUUUGGUUUUGUUCGUAUGGUAGGGGUGAUGAACGAGUAUAGAAUGGAGAAGAGGCUUAAUGAGAUUUGGUUCGGGUUUUAUAAGUUACGGGUGAGGAUCGCUGAUCACCCAUUGAAGCAGAGUGCAGGGCAGGAAAAGAUGACAAGGAGCAAUGCGAAUAGAUUGGUUCAACCUGGGCAGUCUUAUGCACAGGCGGUUGUGGGGAACAAUCAGAGGUAUGUCAAGAAACAGGAUAACGAAAAGGGAGUACCUGAAAAGGAGAAAGGUAAGGUUCAGGUGGAAAUGGUCCCAGUGCAGACAGUACAGCUUGAUAAGAAUGAGCAGGUUGACUCAAGUGAUACGAUGCAGGGGCAGAUGGGGACGGUGGGGAGUGUAGGGGAUCAAGCCCAAGCGGCAACCAUUGAUUUUUCUCCGAUGGAGGAGGAGCUACAUUGGCUGGAGGGGGGUAUGGUGGCAUUAUUAAAGUCAUUAAGGUCAAUUACGAGCAUACAGGAUAUUAUCGAUGUGGAUGGAGGGUUGAUUUCAGUAUCACCUUUAGGGGGCAGAUCAGUGUUGUUAACUAAAAAAGUGAAAGGUUACCUGGGUGAGUUCAUGGAGCAGAAUAAAGAAUUGUUUGACACAUGGUUUGAAUCCAUAAGGCCAUGGGCAAUGGCAACUUCGUUGAGAAGUAGACUAGUUUGGUUGCGAGUUUCAGGCAUCCCGUUAAAAGCAUGGUCUGAUAGGUGUUUUUCAUUGAUCGGAGGAACAGUGGGUGAGGUGGUGAUGGUGCAUGAUGAUACCAGAAAUAAAUUGUUUAUGUGUGAAGGAAGGGUUUUAGUUCUUUGUAGUGAGGAAUUCAAAAUUGCCAAGAAUGUACAAUUGAAGAUUGAGGGCCAGUCAUAUGAGGUGGGGGUUGUGGAGGAAGAAUGGAGGUCAGAUCCCGACUGUAUUGACGAGAUUAGCGCCGAGGAUGAUGAUAGCAUUGAUUUGGAGCAGUUUCAGAAGGAAGGAGUUUUGAAUUCAAAUAAUAAGGAAUUAACGGGUCAGGAGGAAGCAGGCAUGAGUGGCGGGAUUGAACAAUAUGGGAGGAUAGAGGACUUGCAUGGGCUGGUAAAGGAUAAUGGGUUGAUAGAUGUUAUUGGGCCGAGAGUUAGUCUUAAUGGGAUGGUUGAAAAUUGGGAGAGAAAAUCGAGAAGAUCAAGCAGAUUGGGUGACUGGGCGGACGAAGUAAAGGCGCGCAAGGAGGGUGAAGGCGCAACAGUUGCCAGCAGAAUCGGGAAAGACGCAGCAGAUGCUAGCAGAAUUGGGAAGGAAACAUCAAGAAGGAAGAUGUGCCUCUAUCUCAGAUGGGUGUAUUGCUCACCGGAACCGUGUGAUUCAACAGGAUCUAAGUCUGCAAGAGGUAAGAAGAUUGAUUACAGCUGGGCGACGGUUGGGCAUGCAGUUCCAAGGAAAGGGUUGAGGGGUACGGUGAAGAGGAGGGAACUGGGUAACUUAGUAAGGGUAGAGAAACCAGAUUUUUUAUUUGUACAGGAGACAAAAUUAGAAGAGGUAGAGGAAGGAUUGUGUAAAAUGUUGUGGUAUUCCGAUGAGUUUGGUUGGAGUAUGAAGAGCUCGGUUGGAGCAUCUGGAGGGUUGUUGUGUGUGUGGAACAGGACAGUUUUUGUCAAAUUGGAGGAAUUUACAGGGGAUGGGUACUUGGGUAUAAAAGGGGUUUGGGGUUCAAAAGAGGAGCCGUGUGUUUUUGUGAACGUAUAUGCUUCGAGUGAUAAAAGGAGCAAGGCUGCGUUAUGGGAUGAGCUGAGCCAGAAAAUUACAAAAGAGGGUGGGAGAUGGUUGCUGGCAGGGGACUACAAUGUUGUUCGGUGUCUUGAAGAAAAAAGGGGAAGGACAGGUAUGAGUGUUGAUAUGUCGGAGUUUGAUGCUUUCAUAGAGACAACAGGAUUGGUUGAUAUUAAGUUGCCCAAUCGGAAGUUUACAUGGUAUAGACCGGAUGGUACAUCCAUGAGCAGAUUGGAUAGGAUACUGAUGACUGUGGAGAUGAGCAGUAUGGAAUUUAAGACAGUAGUUGAAGGAAAAUGGAAUGAGAUGGUGGUUGAUGGGUUUGCAAGUUUUCGAUGCUUACAGAAAUUAAAGAUGCUGAAGAAAUUUUUGAAAUGGUGGAAUAAGGAAGUGUUUGGGGAUAUAGAAGUUCAAUUUCAAGCUACUAUGGAUAAAGUUGCGCAGAUGGAUAUGAAGAAUGAAGAGGCUGAUUUAGAAGGGGAAGAGUUGGCUGAAAGACAAGAAGGCUUUCAUGAAAUGUGGGAAAUUAUGAAGAAAAGGGAGAUUUUAUGGAAGCAGAAAUCAAGAUGUAGCUGGGCAAAAUUAGGGGAUGCUAAUACGAGGUUUUUUCACAAAGUUGCAAAUGGUAGAAAGGUUCAUAAUAACAUUAAUGGGUUUGCAUGUGAAGGCAAGUGGGUGGAGGAGCCAAAGGAGGUGAAGAAAGAGGUUGUCAGGCACUUUAGUAAGAUGUUUGCUGGAGAAUCAUGGCAACAUCCCAAGCCUGUCGGAAUCAAUUUUAAUCAGAUCUCCAAAGAGAAGAAAGCGGAAUUAGAAAGGCCCUUUUCUGUAGAGGAGAUUGAGGAAGGAUUGAAGAGCUGUGAGGGAACAAAAGCUCUCGGGCCGGACGGAUUCAAUUUUAAUUUUCUCAAAUGUGUGUGGAACUGUUUGAAGGAGGAUUUUAUGAGCUUUUUUGAGGAAUUCCAUCAGAACGGCAGGUUAGUAAGAGGAUUAAAUUCUUCUUUCAUAUCAUUAAUCCCUAAGAAGUUGAAUCCUUUAGAAUUAAAGGAUUUUAGACCUAUUAGUUUGAUUGGAUGUCUGUAUAAGUUAUUGGCUAAGGUGCUGGCUAAUAGGCUAAAGGGCGUAAUGUCGGGGUUAAUUAGUGACACGCAAUCUGCUUUUCUGGGGGGUCGUCAAUUGGUUGAUAGUGUUCUAGUGCUAAAUGAGGUGGUCGAUGAGGUUAAAUUGAAGAAACAAAAGGCCUUCGUUUUUAAAGCUGAUUUUGAAAAGGCUUAUGACUGUGUAGAUUGGGCAUACUUGGAUUGGAUGCUGUGCAGGAUGGGCUUUGAAAUGAAAUGGCGCGGGUGGAUUAGAGAAUGUCUUUCAACAGCAAGGAUUUCGGUAUUAGUUAAUGGGAGUCCGACGGAGGAGUUUGUGAUGGGAAGAGGUUUAAGGCAAGGUGACUCGUUAUCUCUGUUUCUUUUUCUGAUAGUUGCUGAGGGGUUAAAUGGGUUAGUUAGGAGAGCUGAAAUUGAAGGAAUGUUACAUAGCCCAGUAGUGGGUAAUACGGGGUUAACUGUUUCUUUGCUUCAAUUUGCUGAUGAUACGGUGAUUUUGGGGGAUGCUGACAGCGAAAAUAUAUUUGCGGUGAAGACCAUUUUAAGAUGUUUCGAGUUGAUGUCUGGAUUAAGGAUUAAUUUUUCCAAGAGUAGUGUGGUCGGGUAUAAUGUGUCAGAAAGGUGGAUUAAAGGGGCAGCAAGUGUCUUACAUUGUGGUGUUGGGGAAACUUCUUUUAUGUACUUGGGGUUGCCGGUUGGUGGGAAGAUCAGUUGUAAGAAGAUGUGGGAACCGGUUCUGAAAAAAUUUCGAGCCAAGCUUGCCGUCUGGAAGUCUUCUACGUUGUCCUUUGGUGGCCACAUCACUCUACUCAACUCGAUUAGGGGAUGGGGUGGAGGGUUUGUGGAAGAAGGUGAUGUGGGAGAAAUAUUAUGGGGGCAGGGAAGAAGUAGAUAUUACGGCUUUGGAGAGUGUGAGGGUAUCUCGGAUUUGGAGGGAUAUUAUCAGUAUAGGUCAACAAUCUGGAAGGUUACAGGAUAUGUUGGUCAAGGGGUUCAAAUGGGGGGGUCGGGGAGGGUUGUCGAGUGGGGUUCUGGAGUAAGUGAGAUGGGGGGUUGGGAGGCGGGUAGUUGGAGGUGGAAUAUAAUUUGGAGGAGAGGGAGGUUUGGAAGGGAGAAGGAUGAGGAGUUGAGGUUGUGGGAGGUGUUGAAUACAGUUGGUCUUAAGGUGGGAGUUGAAGAUUAUUGGCAGUGGAUUCAUGUUUCAGAUGGGAAAGUAUUCAAGGGAGAUGUGGCUCUUCGGGAGGGGUUGUUGGCUAUGAUACAGGAAAAGACUUUCUUCUGGUGUAAGAAUAAAGUGCAGGGAUGUGUAUUUUCGGUUAGUGAUUGGAAGUUAAAUCCGCAUGGGUGUGCUGCAGCUAUGAGAAAUCAUAAGAGGAGGCAAAAGGAGUUCCGUCUAAACCAAACAGGAAGGGUAUAGAAGUAGCAGUAGCCAGAUGAUUCCUUAUAUUUUGGUUUUCAUUGGGUAUAAUUUAAUUUUGUAUAUGGGUUAGAGUACCCCUUGUACUCCGCAAUAUAAAGUUGAUUUUUGC